AGUACCAAACGUAUUGUCGUGUAACACAAUGACCAAUGCUGUUUUUCACACUUUUUCUCUCUCGGUCUGGCCAGGCUUCUCUGAGUUUCCCCGUUGUUUCGCCUCUUCUUCUUCUUCUUCUUCUUCUUCUUCUUCUUCGUCUUCGGUGUCUCUUUCUAUUCCCAACCGUCCUCCUCUUAGGUACGCCGUGCUUGGUGCGGGUUUUGCUGGAAUCUCUGUUGCGUGGCACCUGCUUAAGGAGUGUCCAAAGGAGCUGAGAAUAAGUGUUGAUGUAUAUGAUGAAAUUGGCAUCGGAGGUGGAGCUUCUGGAGUGUCCGGAGGGCUACUCCACCCUUAUUCUCCUAAAGGCAAGCUACUUUGGCAUGGUGCUGAGUGUUGGAGAGAAUGUUUAGAGCUCUUAAAUGUUGCCGAGACAGCGGCUUCUUCUCCCUGUUACCCAUAUGCUGAGAAGGGAGACUCUAAUAAGAGUUUCGGAAAUUUUUUGGUUCGAAGAAGUUCUUCUUCUUGCUUCAGGGGAAUCUUGAGACCAGCAACAAAUGCCAAGACUCUAGAUUUAAUGAGUGAUAAUGCUCGAAACUGCCUUGCUAGCUGUGUAGUAGAGACUAUUGACAAAGAUGGUGCACAAAAUCUUGUCCCCAAUCUAUGCCUGCCUUUAAACUGUGCCUUCUAUUUUCCAGAAGCUAUGAAUGUUAAUCCGCAGCGAUAUCUCCAGGCACUCUUUCUAGCAUGCCAGAACACAGCAGAGGCAUCACUUGGAAGGAAAAACGUAACUUUGGUGAAGAAAUCUAUAGAUGAUGUGUUCGAACUUGAAGGAGAAUAUGAUGCAGUAGUAAUAUGUCUUGGAUCCAAGAUAGACUUUCUUCCAGGGCUUAUUGGAAAGCUACCUUUAAGGACUUGCCGAGGUGUCAUUACUCAUUUGGAGUUACCCGAGAGUGCCAGGGGUUACCCUGAUGGUGGACCUUCGAUCUUGUCAGAUGCAUGGCUCGCAGUUCAGGGAUCUCGUAAUCUACACAUGGGAUCCACGUGGGAGUGGCAAUC